AUGGAUUCAACCCAUUGGAGUGCCAGGGCUCUUUUGACCUGCUCUAUGAUCCUGGGAGUGUUAUCGGUCGUCUUUGCAGCGUCUCAGCAAUCCGAUAUCGGCAUGCUUAACAAACCACUAGACAUUCGGCUCUGGCUCAGCCGUGGCAAGGUCGAGCUCGAGAAGCGUCACUACCGCAAGCCCUUUAUCCUCCUCCCUCUGGAGAGUUCUGUUGCUGCUUUGAAGCAAUUCGACUUGCCCAAAGUCGUGCUCAAUGUGGCUGUCUUGUUCUAUAUCAUCGGGUUCGGCAUCUACCUGCUCUAUUCAUGGCUUUAUCACGUCGAGCCCGACGGCGGACGCGACGACUUCCGAAACAUCUUUAUCACCUUCGUUGCGACAGUCGGCGUUGUCUACCUCUAUGUCAUUGUCAUUGGCGGGCUUGCUUAUGCCGACAAUCGCAAGCGCACGGAGGACUUUAACCUCGACAGAACCACCACCUUUGCGAAGCCGGCCUCCCAGGUGCAGUUGGAGGAAUGGCUGAAGGCACUGCAAGAUAUGCAGAGCAUGACCUUCGAGUCUGGAAAUGUUUACAUUAGACUGGAGACGGCAGUGAAUGAAUUGAAAGCAAAAUGGGAAACGGACAGACAGGGAUCGGAAGAAAGAAAGAAGGUUAUGCGAAUGCAGAAGAAGCGACGAGCAAGUGCGGCACAUAAUGCAUGA